AUGGGCGUAAGCUUCCAUCCGCGGAAGCUGGUGAAGAAGACCCUCGAAUCCUUCUACGGCCUGGGUCCGCAAACCUCGGCGCGCAUCAUGGCCAAGUACUGCAUUCACCCGCUGGCCCGACUCGAGACACUACCGGCAAAGGUGCAGACGUCGCUCACGGCGGAAUUAUCCACAAUGACCAUCGACAAUGACGCCAAGAGAUUAGUACAGGACAACAUCAGGAGGUUGCGAGACAUGGGCACAUACAGAGGAAGAAGACACGCCAUGGGUCUGCCCGUGCGCGGCCAGCAGACCAGGAACCAGAUCGCAACAGCAAGAAAACUCAAUGUGCUGGAGAGAGGUGGAGGCGACCGACCAAUGGGCUCAUAA